AUGUACAGGAGGAAAACUGUCAAGAAAUACAAGGGGGAAACGGUCAAGAAAUACAGUUGGAAAACGGUCAAGAUGUACAGAAGGAAACGGUCCACAAGUACAGAGGGAAGACGGUCAAGAUGUGCAGGGGGAAACUGCGUGGAAGGAGACAUUGAUGCGAUGUUAGAGUACAAUCUAACCCCCACUGUUGCGACUCUUCAUUUCAUUGAGAAAUGGACAGACAGGUUGACUCGAUCAUGCAAGGCAAAGUCUGCAAAUGUUAUCUACUUUGUCAAACACUCUUCCCACAAUAAUUUGUUCUUGUACCUUCAGCCACAAAUCACUAUUGAAGUCGACACUGGAAUGUCCAGAAAUGGGUGUCAGAGCCACGAAUUGCCUCAUCUGAUGAAAGUAGGAUAUAUAAGCAGUUAUGGUAUCUCUGUGCACAGUAUCAUGACUCAUUUUUCUCAACCCUGGGAUGACCCAACGUUCACACAACAGCAGCUGGACAGAUUUCUAGAGGCUACCAAACUCUACAGGUCUCAGGGUAUCAAAGUCCACGUUGCCAGCUCUUCUGCUAUCAUCAGAGGUUAUGGGACAGACCUAGACUUUGUUAGACCAGGAUCACUAAUAUAUGGAUUACUGCCUGACUAUAAGCCACAAGUACUGUCGAUCGUUCAAGCACUGGGGACCACCCCUGCACUUUCCUGGCUAGCAAGACCGUGUCUUGUUAAGACUUUGGAGGCAGGAAGAAAAGUUGGAUACAAUCAAAAGUUCAAGCUAAAGAAGCGAGAGAUCAUUGCCACUUUCAGCUUUGGGUAUGGCGAUGGCUACAGUACACAGCUUUCUGGACAUGGCGUGCUGACCGAUGUGAACG